GUUUCAGACAGCGGCGGCGGCAGUUCCUUCCUCUGAUCCGAGCCCGGGUACUAUGAAGUGCGCCCGACUUCAAUUACAAGAAAGAGCAAAAGUAAUACCUAAAACAGAAAAGAUCCAAAAUACUCAAAGACCUAGAAGAUACUGUCAAAAACGUCUCGUUAAUCCUGAACAUGACGAAAACCCGACAUGGAUGGCUGUUUUUGGAAGAUAUCAUUGCAACGCUGACAACCCUAAGGAAGCGCCAGAACAUGGGCAAAGCCAUCGUGACAAUGAAGAUCUCUACCUUAGUGUUCAAACACUAAAAUUCCAAGGUGACGUCGAGCAACAAAAAAGACCUAAAACAAGUUUCAAAUACAAAACGCUAAGCGAUAACAAGAAACACAGGAUGUUCGUUAAACAAAUGGUACAAAAUGAUUUCGAUGAUUCGGGAAGAUCUUCACAACACACAUGCUACUAUUUCGACGAUUACGCUAAGUAUUUGUUCAGUAAUGAAAGGUCCAGACCCAAUUCUGGUAAAUCAAGCCUCUUCCUUCAAGGCCUUAGUGGUAAUUACAGAGAACAAAAAGAGAUACGCGUCAAUGACUCAGAUAGAAAGUGCAGGAGCGUCGGAUCUAGGUUUAAAAGUAUUUUCAAACGAAAUACGAAACACAAUUUCGAUAAUACGGAUGACAAGUCGGAGAUCGAUGAUAUUCAAGACGCUAAAAUAAAGUUUGAGAAAUCUGGUACGAGAAAGAGUUUGACCAUAUCACGAACUCAAAGCCCUGAAACUUUCCAGAUAAUAAGAGUCGACGUAGUAUGCAAUUACAGCAAUCCCAUCUUAUUAGAUCAAGAAGAUGAAAAAAACAUAACAGAAAACCAUUUGGAAUCAGUUACAGAAUCGAAAUUAGACAACUUUAAAAAUUCUCAUUUCGCUACUAAGUAUUUAUUGACUAAGACUGUUAAAACUUUAGAUGAACAUUUAUCCGGUGGAGCCAAAGUAACUCUGCUCUGCAAAACAUUCAAAUUGUCCGAACGAAACAAUUUCUCACGAACAAUUAGAAACGAUGAGGCUGGAAAGAGGAGUAAGGUGAAAGAUGUAAAAGUUAAAACUAAGAUCAAGAAAUAAAGAUUGUUAGUAAAUGAGUAUUUAAUUUUUUAGCAAAGAAUCCAGAAAAAAAAUUGGUUCUGGUCAAAUUUAUUGUGUGUGCGAUGCAACGACAAUUUCGACAGACGUCAAAUACCUGGCGGGCGAGCCGACCCUCUGGCGCCACCCUUAAUUCAAACAAACCGUUCUCAAACUUUCUACAAAGGUGGGUAUUUUACUAAUCAACCCUCUGAAAUUAAUACUGCAAUCGCGUUUGCAACUUGUUGACUUGCUAAGUAAUAGCGAUUGAUCACAUAUAACAAUAAACGGAUAUGACAGAAAACAUUGUCUCAAAAAAGAUUAGCUAAAGGUAAAUAACAAUAGUUUUAAUAAGUAUAAUAUUAUAUUACAUUGUGGUGGGUAGCCAGUCAACAUACAACACAAGAUAUGUGACAGAU